GAAUAAAACUGGCAAAUCAAAUAGUAUAUAACCUCCAUACUUGCAUUUUCAUUGCAUGAUACGAAAUUUACCCAUUUUACUUACAAUUAUAGUCUGUCUAUAUCACAUUUUACUUUAAGAUUAACAAUAAAUCAAAUUGCAAAUAAUUAAAACAUUUUUUUUUAAAUAUUUAAAAUGAAUAAAAACUAUCUUAUUGCAAUAUCACGUUUAUAAUUGUCAUAUGUUUUUAAUCAUAAACAUAUACAUACACAUAUACAUAUUCAUGUGUACAUGCAUAGAAGGAGGGAGACAAGUAUAAAAAGUAAAUACUUUAUAUUCUCUCAACGAUGUCUGGAGAACAAUUUUCUUUAAUAUGGAAUAGUUUCCCAAGAAAUUUAUCUUCUGGUUUAUAUACUUUAUUAAUUGACGAGCAGCUUGUCGAUGUAACUUUGACAGCGGAAGGACAGAUUUUAAGAGCGCAUAAAUUGAUAUUAUCAGUUUGUAGUAGUUACUUCAAUAGAAUUUUUAAGGAAAAUUCUUGUAAACAUCCAAUUGUAAUAUUACAAGAUGUCAAUUAUCGUGACUUAUUUGCCAUACUCCAAUUUAUGUAUCAAGGAGAAGUUAGUAUUAAGCAAGAGGAUAUUAGUAAUUUUUUAAAAGUAGCUGAAAUAUUACAAAUAAAAGGAUUAACUACAGAAAGAAAGGAGAAAAAAGACAAAACGUUGGACGAUAGCGAUGACAAAUUAGAUUAUUUUGACGAUAUUUGUCAGAGCGAUAAAUUAACAGAAUCUUUGAAUGAUAAAGAGGUACAAAAAGAAAAUACUGUUUUUUCUUCCUCGGAUUCUGUCAUAAAGAAUUUUAAUAAUGUGGAAAGAAAUGUAACUAAUGAAAUUCCAUAUUCAAAAAAUGUUAUUUCUAAUACGGAUUGUAAUUUUGAAAAAACAUUAUUUUAUAACGAUCAGACUGCAAAGGAACCUUUUGACUGUACUUCUAACAUAAAUCACUUGGAAGAAAUGCAAUAUGAAUCCUCUAAUUAUAUGGCUGAUAUGGAUAAAGCAAUGUAUAAAUCAAAUACGCCAAAUAAUGUAUUUUGUAAUAUUGAGAAUAUACAGAAAUCAGAUUUAGAAUCAGAUACGCAAUUAAAAUCUGCUGGACAAUCUCUUGGUCUGACUAAUAUGGUGAUUGAAGAACAUAAAAACUUGAAAUAUGACGCAGCUAAUCGUGGCAAAAGGCGUAAAUAUAACGCAGAUAAUUGUGGCAAAAGGCGUAAAUAUAACAACAAAGGUAAUCGUAAUAGUGCGUUAUCCCCAGAAACAAUAUUACGUCUAGUUUCAGAAAUAAGACCAACGUUUCAGAUGGAAAAGGGUAAAUUAGUGCAGGUUUAUUCGUGUCCUAGGUGCCUUCGUAACUUUACGCGUAGAGAAAAUUUAAAAUUACAUGUUCGUUAUAUUCAUGGUCCGCUGGAAAUUCUUACAUGUAAGCUUUGUGGUAAUAAAUAUAAAAAUAGCAACAGCUUGCGUGUACACUCUUACCUUUAUCAUAAUGCUAAACGGAAUAAACAUAAUAAAUCGUUUGUAAAUAACAGUAAAUAGGAAUGGAGAGGAUUAUAAAUAUUUUUUAUAUAUCAUGAUAAUUAUAAUAACCAUUAUUAAAAUAUAUAUA